AGAACAACCUUCUCGCUUGUCUGUUCACAUACAUCAUUUGUGAUGAACAGUCACAUAUCUUCGCUGUCUGAAUCUGCACUCUGUUGAUUUUUCUGCAAUUUCGUUUUAGCUAUAACCUUUUUGAUAAACAUUUAACACCACCAUUUCACCAAAUCAAUAUAUCAAAGGUGAUGAUUGUGCAACAAUGACAAACAAGAAGGGAUUGUUCACUCUACUGAAAAGAGUUUUUAUUUCAGAAGCUAACUCAGAAAAGAAAGAGAAGAGAAGAAGAUGGACAUUUUGGAAGCUUAAGGUAAGAAAAAGAUUACCUACCAUUACUGCACCACCACCUGAGAAUGGGACAAGAAACGAAUCCCAUGAGGAACAGAAAGAGGAAAGCGUGUCAGAGGUUGGUGAGGUCAGCCAAGUAUCUUCUAGUCAAAAGUUAGAUUCCAUAGAGAAGUUAGAAGGUUCAACAUCCCCGGAGACUGCUCAUCUGGUAGCCCAGUAUCAACUGUUUCUAAAUAGAGAGGAAGAAGCUCUUGCUGCUACUCGGAUUCAGACAGCUUUCCGUGGUCAUCUUGCAAGGAAAGCUCUACGUGCCUUGAAGGGAAUAGUGAAGCUCCAAGCAUAUAUAAGAGGACGUGCAGUGAGACGCCAAGCGAUGACUACACUAAAAUGCUUGCAGUCCGUUGUCAAAAUUCAGUCACAAGUCUACGGUAAGAGAACACAAAUUCCUCCCAGAGGAUCUCAGAGAGAUUACGAAGAGAGCCACAUGUUCAGCGAGAACAUACUCAAGGUGGAUACAAAUGGUCAGAAGAGAUGGGACGAUAGUCUACUGACAAAGGAAGAGGCGAGAGCUGUGGUCAUGAGCAAGAGAGAAGCUGCGUUAAGAAGAGAAAGGAUCAAAGAAUAUGCAGUCACUCACCGGAAAUCCGCGGAGUCAUACCAGAAACGGAGUAACACGAAGUGGAAGUACUGGUUAGAUGAAUGGGUAGAUACUCAAAGAACCAAGAGCAAGGAGUUAGAAGAUCUCGACUUGUCUUUAAGAACAAAAACUAAAGACGAAACUAUGAAUAAAACUCCAAGGAACUCAUCGCCGAGAAGAUUGGUGAGUAAUAGUAAUAAUCAUAGAAGACAAGCUUCAAUAAGUGAAGAGGAACAACAGAACCCUGUGGCUGCUGUCACUGUCAAUACACCAACUUACAUGGUUGCAACAGAGUCAGCAAAGGCAAAGUCAAGAUCUCUGAGCUCCCCAAGGAUAAGACCAAGAAGUUUCGACACGCAGUCUGAGAGUUACUCGCCGUAUAAGAAUAAGCUAUGCUUGACGACUUCGGUGAUGAGCGAAGCACCAAGCAGAGUGAGAGUUGGGAAUAGCAAUGGCAAUAACAGUAGGGCAAGUGCAUACCAGCAAAGGUCUCCAGGGUUAAGGGGAUUUAGCAUAGGCCCUUUGAAAUCAUGCAAUAAUGGUGGUCUACUGAACGAUCUCAGCAUUAACUCGGAACGAUCUCUACCCAGCUGGAGCAAGCAGAGCAGCUUGAGAUGAUGAGUGGGACUUUGAGCCCUGUAUAUACACUUACAUACUUUCCAAUGUUUCUUUGUUGAGAGGGUCACACCCACAUGUGUAUCAUCAAAUCUUCUUUCGUUUCUCUUUUUUUUUACACUGUUUCACUCAAUUUCAUUUGAUUAAGUUGCCCAAGGACAAUGUAAUGACUUAUCAAUCUUUAUGUAGAAAAGAAAAAAGAACUAUGAAAUAAAAGAAGUUUUCCUU